AUGAGGAAGGCAAUACCUUCUUCCUCAAAAUUAAAAAAAGGUUUUACUCAUUCAGACAAACAUACACGUACAACAACGAAUAUCUAUACCGACAGCAGUAAUAACAGCAGCUCAAUUGAUGAUACCAACAAAAAUAAUACAACCGUCGGCCUUGAUAUACCUAUUGCUCCUUCUACUUCAACCUACACAUUAUCUGGAAAGGACGAUAAGAAUGAAAAAUUAAAGAAAAAGACAAAGAAUUUCUUAGACGAAAAACAGAAAGCUAAAACAAGAGCUCAAAGUCUUUGGAGUUAUAUCGAUGCAACAAAUACAUUCGAUCAGGCCAAAUUUUUUCAAGAGCAUGCUGAACAAGUUUUUCAGGUAGUGUUUGAAGCAUGCAUGCAUCAAAUCGAGAAAAUAAAACAUAAAUCGGAACGUCCCCAAUCUUGGAAUUCGAAGGAUCUAGUCAAUCUACAGAAGAACUUAUUGUUAUUAAGAAAAAUAUUUUUGUAUAUACCCGAAUUGAUGAGAAAUGGGUGGCAAAGGCAGAAUAUCGCAAUCAUUCUUACGCACUUACUGGAUCAUGGAAAUCAUCCAAGGCUGCGAGCCCUGGGCUUUCAACUAUUAUUAUUAUGGUUAAAUGAUCAAGUCGUUGAAUACCCAGAGUGUAUCGAUUUGUUCGCCAAUGCUAUUUCACUUGAUUUAUUCGUUUUAGAUAAGAUACAGGCAAAUAGUUCUACAUCAUCUGCCAGCGCAACCUCUAGUACUACUACUAUUAAUACACCUACUUCGACAGCCACAGCUGCGCUAAAUACAGCGCAGAAUAUACCCAAUGCAACAACAACAGCUACUAAAUCAAACGAGACAGAAGACAUAGGAUCAGUCCCGCCACAUCAUGCUCCUCCAACUACUACCACAAGUAAAUUACAAGCAACUGGCUUACAUUUCGUUAAAAAGUUACGAGAAAGUCAUGGAUCAGACAAGCAGCAUGUAAAUCAUGGUUUACAAAGAGAUGAUAGAAUAAAAUCAAGCUCAAUUGAUCUACAACAAAAAUUGAUACUGGGUGAUGAUGCACCUCCAUUAUACCCAAAUCCUGUGCAGCCAACCUUUACCGAUUCAAUUCUGUUGAUACACAUAUUCAUAAUGAAUCUUGUGCGUUUAGCAUAUGUUGCAGCUGGCUCCCCUCCUCCACCUGACGAAUACGAUUAUCCUCCAGGUGAUCGGAUCGAACCAGACGAUGGUAUAGCUACAGGUGUGGGUAUUGAUGCAGCGACAGCGAGUGCAAAAUUUCUUUUCAAAAUAUUCAGAACAUAUUAUUUGACGAAAUUUGUACCUUCCAUAUCAAAAUCUUUGCAUAUCGAAGGAACCUCAGACACAACAAAAGUAUUUGGAUUUCCUUCGUGCCCAACCUCUAUCCUGAGGUCUAUUUUACGCUUUCUAAUCGGCUACUGCUUGGACAAUAGCAAUCAAUUUACCCAUACGCAGUGGCAGCAGCAGCAUCAUUCUCAUAUGUCAGGCAUUGCACCUUGCUCUUCACCAGCAACGCCUAUAUUGAAAUCGAUUGUUUUAUCAUCCUAUGAAACUCGUGAAAUUCUGCAUGAGAUCAUUCGGCAAUCUCUUAUUUUACCCUGCACCAAUCCACAAUACCGUGAUAUUACACGAGGUGCUAUUCAUAUUUUAGGCAUUUGGAUAUUGGGCAAUGAAGAAGACCGCCCUUUAUUUCUUAGAAAAGCUGCUGGCUCCAGUUCUGAUAAAUGUGCGGCUAUUUCGAUAUCAUCAGCAUCCGAAACAGCAGCAACGACUAUUAACGAUUCGGAAUCAAAACAGACUGAUCCAAUAGCAAUCACAACAAAAGACAACAACAAUUGCACGGACACCAAUACAUUCUUGCGUCGCUACAUGCUAAUGAUUAAAUUGAUUUUUGAAGACAGAUCAGGGAAGAAUAGUCGAGAUAUGACGGCAGCCGAUAUGCAGCAAGUGACAGAUUGGGAUGGCUUGGUUGCCCUUUACAAAGAUGCAAUUGGUAUUUACCGCGCUAUCGCUGUGUCAAAGGGUGGUAUUGAUAUUGAAUGGGAAAGCUGGGAGCUUAUGCUACAAUGUCUAAUGGAUAUCCAGCAAUGGUUUAUGAGUCGACCUGAAAAAUACAGUCGAAUACCUGUUCAAGUGUUAGCUGAAGACUUUGCCGAUUAUCUGUGGGAGACGCUGCUACAUGCUUUCAUUAGAGCAAACAUUGUGCAUAUGGAGCUUUGGCAUGAUUUGAAAACGCAUCUAGUUAGUUCAAUGCGCUGGGUUCAGGCUUUGAACCAAUGGGUGAGGGUUAUGCAAAAGCUGACAAGAUUGCUUUCCUCACGCUUAUAUAAAGUGGAAUAUGACCUUGUUCCGGAAACGAAGUAUCGUUUUGUCGAAGAAUUUCAGCCAUCGUCAACUUCACAAACAAUGGAUAUUAAUACUUCAAGUAGCAGUAGUAGUAAUAGGUAUUCAUAUUUUGGUGGAACCAACAAUAUACAUAUACCAGCAGCUGCCACAGGUGGAGGCAAUAGUGCGCGCUCAAGUAUCACGGGUAAAUCCAAAAGGUCGCGACAUCUAAGUAUGCAGUCAAAUCCACGCCAUGGUGGCGGGAAUAGCAAAAGAGUUUCGGCCAAUAGGCCAUUGUCGACAGGCGGCAGUGAAGGUCAACUAUUAGAUACGAAACAUCAUGAAAAGCAAUAUUAUGAUACUUUAAGCAACAACUACGAACAGCAACAGCAACAACAACUACAACAGCCGCCGGCUCCUGAAGGUAGUGUCUCUACACUAUUGAGGAACUUAAGUAGUGCUUCAUUGCAGGACAUCGCCAAUACGUUUAAAAGUGAGCGUAAAUCAACCAAUUUAACAGCAGUGAUGGAUGAAGAUAUGAUAGAAGAGAUGGAUGAAACGUCAACUACGGCAGCAACAGUACCAAAUAGUACACUCAAAAGUAGUGCUGGAAGUAAUAGCAAGUUUGGUAUUAAGAUUACUAUGCCUGUAACAACAUUUUCUUCAGCACCGUCACAAGGAAGCAGUGUACAAAGUACGAAUAACGCUUCUACAUUUGGAGCUACAUUAAUGAAAAAGGCCAAUGCAGGUCAUGGCGUUCAAAUAAAUUCCUCUAAGCAAGGAGUAAAAGACGCGGAUAAAAAACUUGUCCCUGAAUGGGAUCUUUCUAGCGGCAGUUCAGUAGAGGGAUCAUCAAUUAAGUCAAAUAGAACUUCAUUAUCCUCUGCUUGGCCAACGAGUGAAUCCAUUUCAGUUUUGCUACAUCCUGCUUCUGUUACUGAAAAACUACCUUCAGGCUUAGGCUCUUUUAGAAGUUCAGAAUUCUUGGCCCUUAGCAAUCUACCUUAUAAAGGUGAGGAGGUUUUGGUACUUUGGAAAAAUAUGCUAUUAUCUGUUGGUAAUAUAAACGAGAUCGAGGGCCCGCAAAAUCAUCGCAUAGCAAUGAAGUGUGUAGUUGAUAUCUGGGACACGCUUCAAACUGUUAGAUCACAGCAACCGUACUGUGGAAUCCCUAUUCCACCGAUGUAUGAAGUAGUACCUUGGCUGAUACAAGCAAGCGACUUACCUUCUUCGUUUGACACUGGUAAAGCGGAUGCCUAUGGUAGUUUAUGUCGGAUUAUGGCGCGAAAACCUGAGAUAAAGGUGUCAGAUGCCUACUAUGCUGCUUUCUAUAACAUUAUCUUGAAGGGUCUGUCUUCGAACAAUAACACUAUCAUACAAGCCAUACUGCUCAACUGUGAUAACCUUUUUGGUGCGUCUUUGCCUGGUGUUCAUAUCCUAAUUCCAUCCUUUAUUGAUACCAUAGAAAAGCAGCUUUUGGGCGCCAAUGAACAACGGCUAGCACUCUAUUGCAAUGUUAAAAAAAGUUGUAUUUGCAUUCUGGGGUCGUUAAUAUCCAUUUCUAAUCGGUUAAAGGAUUUAGUACUCCCAUUAGAGGAUAUCAAUAUACCAUGGUUCGAUGCAUUGCAGGAACGGAAGCAAUUCUGCUUUGCUGACGUGAAGUUUUGGUUGAAAAAUGUACUUAUUCGUUUACUUGACAACAAUACCACUGUAUUGUCACAUAUUGAAGAAGAAACCGAACUUCACUGUAUGGUGAUCGAUAACUUGUGUGUUUUGGCUUUAGAUGAACUGAUGUCGAACGAAACUCCCCAGUAUGAAACUAUACAUGAAUGUGUUGUUUCGCUGGUAAACCAACUGUAUUGGUGCAGCAUUCCAAUUGUCAAUAACGUAGCUGAUUGUCUCAUUACAAUGGCACAUAUAUAUAAAGAAGAGCUGGAUAUUGAUGGUAUUAUCGUGCAAGAAAUUCUUACGCACAUUAUUGAUUCAUUAAAUGUACAUCUCAACAAAUAUGAAACUACGACGCCAAAUGGAAGAGGCUUCAUUAUCUCCAAACUGUUCAGCUGCUUAUUGGAAUGGAUUAUGGCCAUCAACCCAGCAAUCUUUUCAGAAACAGACCUUUGUCAACUCGUAUUUGAUGUAAUUGAAUAUGCGCUGCGUGUAGACUCAGAAUCGAAGGGACAACAAGAAAAGACGACGCCUCAAUCACCGCAUUUUCAAAAACAACACCAUCCUCAACAGCCCUCUAGCCCAGGAAAGAAAAAAGAAUUAAGCACUCUAAAAUUCAAAUUGGUGUUAGAUAAACGACCGCCACUUCAAUCUGAUAAGGUGGAUCAGCUGUCAACAAAUUGCAAUAAUAACAUGAACGAAAAUGAUUCAGGCUACGUGAAAGAAUCCGCAGAAGCUGUUUUAUUGCAUCUUCUGCAUCACUUCAACAAUUUCGCACCUCCUUAUGGGCCUGCUACAAUCCAUAGCACUAUUUUGGGGCCUGGUGUAUCGCAAGAUGAUAUGGACUACCGACAUUAUCAGUACUUUUCCUUUAAUGAUAGCACCAUCAUUGCAUUUGCAGAGGUACCUAAACUAGGAGAGACCAAAAAAACACAUGCUAGGAUGAUUAUUCGCGAUUUGACCGGUCGUUACGUUUGGGAUGCUCAAUUGGAGCCUGGAUAUGAUGAGCCAGAGACGGCGACUGCCAUGGCGGAAGUACUGAUGAAUGAUGAAGCCCAAAGGUUCACUUUACGUGAAGAUAUAACUGUACAAAAACAACAAGCAGCUACAACAGAAAAUACAACAUUUCCAGCACUCACAGAGAAAGAUCCUGUGGCGGAAUUAUUGCAACAAAUUGGCGAGAAGCAUCCCGACUGCUUAACAGCUAUGGGUACACCACUUAGCACGCCAAGUACUCUGACCUCAUUUCAAUCUGACAUGGUAGGAGAUAUGGGAAAACAAUUGGAUGAGUACUUAGCCAAUGAAGCUGAAAGCAACCAACAGUACGAAACAGACAUACAAGCUUGGUAUUCCAUGAUGAACAUGCUUCGUAAGAAAGGAAUGAGCAGUAAACAGCCUACAGAGAAACGAGAAGAUACGAUGCAAGUUCAAUUGAUCAAUAACUUCAGUUUGAAGAAGAAUUUCUUACCAGCAUUUCCACAGGAACCCGAGCAGCUUCACGUUCCCUUUCAGCAAUGUCGAUUGUUAAUGAGUCAUUUAGGGUUUAUACACUAUAAUCACCUAAAAAAUGGCUCUUUCCAAAUGCUCAAUAAAUCGCCAGGAUUAUAUCGUGAUUUAAGAGGUUUAGACCGAAAGCAUGGGCGAGAAACGAUGAAAAUUGCUUUGAUUUAUGUUGCAGCUGGGCAAGAAGAUGAACGAAGUAUCUUACAGAAUAACCAAGGUUCCGAAAAAUACGACAAAUUUGUCAGUAGCUUGGGCUGGGACAUAGACAUUGCUUCUCAUACAGGCUAUUUGGGCGGUUUAGAAAGGAAUGCAACUAAUGGUAGUCGAGCUUCGUACUAUUGUUCAGCUACUUUAGAGAUCAUAUAUCAUGAUGUCACAAAAAUGCCCACAGAUCCUUCUGAUCCUAAGCAAUUGAAGAAAAAGCGCCAUAUUGGUAAUGAUCAUGUUCAUAUAGUGUGGAACGAGCAUAAUCGAGAUUAUCGUGUAGACACGAUUGGUGGUGAUUUCGGUAACGCUCAGAUCAUCAUUACGCCUUUACCUAAUGACAUGUAUCGAAUUCAAGUGUAUCGCGAUGCAAAAAUCCCUUAUUUUGGCCUACUGUUCAAUAAAAUGGUCGUUUCUGGAUCAAUUUUAGGACCACUUGUCCGUUCAACAGCAAUAAACGCUUUCCGUGCAUCUGUGCAUACAAACUUAUAUUCAUUUUAUAAAUGUGUAUACGCACAAAGAGCAAAUGACGUGAAAACCAUCACCAAUAGGCACAGAAUUUCUAACUGGGGUUACGAGCAAUUCAUGGAAAGAAUAUUCAUGCCUGAAGAACAAACAUCAAAGACUUGA